ACCCUGAAGGCACGAACAAAGCACUGGUCACAAUGGUUUCCCUCAAGUGUUGGCUGAUCAUACAUGUAUGGAGUAUUUGGAUAGCAUUCGCCAGAGGCUGUGACGAACAACAAACUAGGAUCAACGGGUGGUGCUGUGACCUGUGUCCUCCAGGUAAAUAUGUGAAAGAGUUCUGCACUGAACACAGGAAAACUAUCUGUAGCCCCUGUGAGAAUGGCUCCUUCUCGGACCACUACAGCGUCUUUGACACAUGUAAGGAAUGCCAGUCAUGCCAACAAGAAUACGCAGAGAAGUGUACACCGACCUCAAAUGCGAGGUGUUCAUGUGACUCUGGAUUUCUGUGUUCCAAUAAUGUCUGUUCAGCCUGCGAGGAAAACAAAUGCACCGCAGGGGAGAAACUAAAAAGAACAGAAACUCCAAUAGGUGCAGAGUUACUCAACUAUUCAUAUCAGUGUGAGCUCGUUUGCCCUGGUCCUGCCUAUUUUGACGUGAAAGCAAAUAACUGCAAACCGUGGACCCAGUGCAAUGCAUUUGGACUCGCUGAACUGUUUCCAGGAAACAAAACCCACAACUCAGUGUGCGAUGUACAAGCACUGACGCAUGGCAGAGAUAGAGAGACCUCUCAUGUAAUUCUGGGCAUCAGCUUUGUCGUGUUCUCCCUCGCCUUCCUUGUGUCCUUCUUUCUUUCCUUUACAUGUGUAAAGAACCUAAGGAAGCAUAAAGCAAAUCAUUAUCCCAUGUUAGCGGUUUCCACCAACAACACUGACUAUCACCUGUCAAAGGAGGAGAGUGGACUCCAGCUCAUCAUUCAGGAUGAAUCCAAGGACAACAACAAUAUUGAACUGCAUCUGGGAAGAGACACCCCUCUCUGAUAGAAAGCCUACAUGACUUGAACAGUCUGGAUAGCUGCAUCUAAAAAAGCUGUACCAAAACCAUUUGUAUAUACAUACAUAUAAAUAACACAUGAAGAGAGAGAGCUCUGCAAAGGUUAGAGUUGCCACAUUUGAUCUCGAGACAAAAAGGAUGCACAUGGGCAGGAAACUCGAAGAUAAGCACUUCUUCCUCUCCUACGUUUCCUCUGAGCAAGGUACUGCUCCACCAGUGUUCAACAAGACAGGCAGUGGGUUUAACUUGCAGCAGAUUAUGUUGACUGUAUAAAUGUGAAUGUUGAAUUUAAAAAUGAAAUGCUGUAAAAAAACAAAAAAACUCUUAUAAUGAAACUUCUUGUCAUUGUUGUUAUAUUUGUGAUGGAUUUGAAGUGAUUGUACAAAUGCCAGUUUAGAGUUUACAAUGCAUUUUCCUAAAG